AACGAUUGAUGCGAUCAGAGAUCAUCCACCGGAUUCCCACGUCCACAAUUUCAUCAUUAUCCGUGACUCGAUUGGCCCCCACGUCCGUCCCUCUAUUUGUUCACUUUUGGAAGAGUCGGUCUCUCCUCGGUUGCCCCCACAAGGCCUCGCUCCAAAUUCGCCAUCUACCCCUCCACAUCGCCGGGGGAGCAGUUUCUCUCGCUGCUAUGCCGCGCCCGCGCUCACUGUCUCCAUCGCACGCCAAUCCAGUACACGCUGAAAUGCUCCACGCCGCCAGCGUCAGGUGCCUGCUCGCCUGCGGCGCUCUUCUUCUAGUCCUCCGGGCAACCCCGGCCGUAGCAUGGCGCCCCUGGCCCCACCAGAGAACUAGCGGCUCCGAUCUCAUCCUGGGCGGCUCCAAGAAAUACGAGGGCUCGUCGGAGCUCGUCCACCUGAAGUACCACAUGGGCCCCAUCCUCACGGCCAACAUCACCGUCUACCCCAUCUGGUACGGCACGUGGCGCAAGGCCCAGAAGAAGAUCAUCCGCGACUUCAUCAGCUCCAUCUCGGCCCGCCGUCCCAAGCGCCCCUCGGUGUCCGGGUGGUGGAGGACCGUCCGGCUGUACACUGACCAGACCGGCGCGAACACCUCCCUCUCGGUCCGGCUCGGGGAGGAGAAGUCCGAUCGGUUCUACUCCGGCAAGUCGCUGACGCGGCUCAGCGUGCAAUCCGUGAUAAAGAGCGCGGUCACGGCCCGCACGCGCCCGCUAGCGACUAACUCCAAGGGCGGGGUCUACCUGGUGCUGACGGCGGACGACGUGUACGUCCAGGAUUUCUGCGACAACGUGUGCGGGUUCCACUACUUCACGUUCCCGUCGAUCGUGGGGUUCACGCUCCCGUACGCGUGGGUGGGCAACAGCGCGAAGCUCUGCCCGGGGGUGUGCGCCUACCCGUUCGCGGUGCCGGAGUACAUGCCCGGGUGGAAGCUGAAGCCGCCGAACGGCGACGUGGGCGUGGACGGGAUGGUGAGCGUGAUCGGCCACGAGAUCGCCGAGCUGGCGACGAACCCGCUGGUGAACGCCUGGUACGCGGGUCAGGACCCGAGCUUCCCCGUCGAGAUCGCGGACCUGUGCGAGGGCAUCUACGGGACCGGGGGCGGUGGGUCCUACACGGGGCAGAUGAUGGAGGGCCCGGAUGGAGCGACGUAUAACAUGAACGGGAACAGGAGGAGGUUCCUGGUCCAGUGGGUGUGGAACCACGUGGUCGGAUAUUGCAGGGGCCCCAAUGCGCUCGAUUAGUGAGCUUCCUAGUAAAAUACCGCCUUCCUCUUUCCGUCGUCUUUCGUCUGUUUUCUUCCGUUGUAUGUGCUGUUUUGCUUUUUGCUGCGUAUCCUGUUAUGGUAGUUAUUGUUGAAUAUGUCGAAAUAGAAGAUGAUCAGAGGCUGCGUGUUGUAUACGAACAGAUAGUUAUACCCCAACAUUUGCAGGUUCGCAGGCCAUCGAUGAAUGACCGAAUGGUUCGCCAAUCGGCGUUCACUUGUUUAUUCACUUGUUUACAUGAUAUUAGCUCCUAUUGAGAAA